AACAAAGUGCACAGAUAUGAUUUUUGACGCAGGUAGUCUGUUCUAAUACCUGAAACUAAGGCUCAAUGUUUAAAACCAUAUUAGAUUAGACAAACAAUACAAAAAACAAGAAUGAAAACUCAUCCCACUCAAAGCCCUUUAUUUUGAAGGCAAACAACUUCAUAUGAAGUGAUCAAUAAUUCAUAAAAAUGGAUAUGUUUCCAGCGUGAUAAGAGGCCACAGAUUCACUGCUGUCUGAAUCACUAUCGUUGCCAUAACGCUUUAAUUGCAAUCGAUUACUUAUAUUACUAAUCAGCACAAACAGUGGAUUAAAUUACGUUUUAAUUUCGCGUUUAAGAUUUGAGAAUAAUAGGAAACCAAGCUCGGGGAUGGCAACCACAUGCGUCUCUCAUACUGCGAAAUGUAACUACUCAAGUCAGAGCUACACCCACUUGACACCUCUCCGACUUCCUGCUUCUGUCAAACUAACUUUUUUUUUGCAAUCGGAAAUCCAUCGUGCUGAAAGGUAUGAUAUGCACACGUUAGUGUUAUACGUUUGGAAAGACCAAGAUGCGUGCCUUUGGAUUAGAGAAGGAAACCACAGUAAUUGGAGGAAAACAGAACAGAGAACAGAGUACAGUGUAUAAUGGAGGUGCAGCAGAGGCCUAAAGGUGUGAAUGUGACUUCAUCAGAACAACCGAAUAAAACCAACUGCCUCUGGCACUGAACAGAAUUGAUGGCUCCCUCUAGUCCUCCCCUCUCUCUCUCUCUCUCUCUCUCUCUCUCUCUUUCUUUUCUCACCCCCUCUUUCCCUGGCUUUUAUUCAAAUUUGGGUCAGGGGUGAGGAUUCUAGCUUCACGUCACAAGCUUGCAAGAUGGCGCUCGCAGAGCUGUGAGAUGAGAGAGCAGGAUGGCUGUGUGAAGAGCUUCAAUCGAUUUAAUAAGGGGCUUCUCUUGUUUAGUGCUUUCCACCACAGCGCCUGUACAAGCUUGGCUGGCUUUGGGCAAUGUGCUUUUAUUUAAAGGAUUUAUUUUCUUUUAGUUAAUGUGUGCUUUCUUCAUUGAUAAUAAUAAUAAUAAUAAUAAUAAUAAUAAUAAUAAUAAUAAUGUAUCCAGUUGCUUUAUUUGCCUUUUUAAUACAAUAUCGGCAUGUUUCAAAUCAGUAACACUGAUGUUUGUGGGGUUUUUUUGUUUUGUUUUUUGCCGACGCACAUUUUGAGAAUGUAAAAAAAAAAAAGAUUGUUUUUUUUCUUUCUGACAGCUUUUGCUUGAUAUUAAAUCCAAAUGGGUGUGUAAGUCCCGGGUUUUUAGGUGUGGACAAAAAGCUGGAAAUGGAACUGCCAAAUCAUGCCAAACAAUUGCUGCUGCAGCUAAACCAGCAAAGAGCCAAAGGUUAUCUGUGUGAUGUAAUUAUAGUUGUAGAAAAUGCCCUCUUUCGGGCACACAAAAACAUUCUGGCAGCCAGUAGUAUCUACUUUAAGUCCCUCAUCCUUCAUGACAACUUAAUUAACCUUGACACAGAUAUGGUCAACCCAUCAAUAUUUCGGCAGGUACUGGACUUUAUUUACACUGGCAAGCUUUUGUCCUCGGAUCAAGUCAGUGACCACAAUUUUAAUGCCCUCCUAACGGCAGCAAGCUACCUCCAACUACAUGACUUGGCUGCUCUCUGCAGAAAAAAGUUAAAACGCAAUGGCAGAUCCCUCCACAACAAACCCACAACUCCUACCAAUGGAAGAACUUCUAGGAACCAAAGGCUAUCCUCCACACCUGUCACUCCAAACCAAAUUUCAGGGUUUAAAGAUGGUGAAAAAACAAAGAGACAUGAGGAGCUACUCAAAGAGGAGUUGUCUGAGGAUGAGGUUUUUGUCAGGAAUGCUCAGUGUGCAAACCCAGCCAACUCUCUCAGUCCCUCUACUAGUAAGAAUGGGAGCAAUGGCCCAGUUACCAGCAGUGGUGGCCUCUUGGAGCUUGGCCUUGAUCUCUCAAAGAAAAGCCCUUCAGGAAGCACAGUCACUGAAGAAGUAAGUCCAAGCAGUAUUCCACAAGAAUCACCUCAGUCUGCCUCAGAAUCCACAGCCAACAGUGCCUCAUUUGAUGAUCUCUCCACCAACCCUCAGAGCCUCACUACUGGAGAGCCUAUGGACAUAGGUGAAACAGAAGACAGUGAAGAGAACCAGCAUUUCCCAGACCCCGACCAACAAAAAAGCACGCGUCAAACAUCACGGUCCAGGCGUCAAGCCAAGGGUGAGGGCCACAAAGGUGAAGAAACAGAAAGGCCCACGUUGCCCAACGGAGUUGCCAAGAGGCUAAAUGUGGCUGGAGAAAGGCUCUCCGGUGGAGGUAAUGUCAACUCUGAUCUAUUGUAUCAGUGUAAAGAUGAGGAUGAGGGACUGGAAAAUGGGCAGGAGCAGAGUGAAGAGAGUGGCCAGAGUGAGAAUGAAGGCGGGCGCAACAGUGCCAACUAUGUGUAUCGGCAGGAAGGCUUUGAGCCUGCCCUUGGCGACAACCUUUAUGUUUGUAUUCCCUGUGGUAAAGGUUUCCCAAGCUCGGAGGAACUAAACGCCCAUGUGGAGACCCAUACGGAGGAAGAGCUUUACAUCAAAGAAGAGGAGGAUGAUGCCUAUCCAAAGGAAGACGAGGCAGAAGCUGAGGAUCUGUCAUCUCAGACGGUCCAAAUGCAUGGCAUAGAUUCGCGGCGCUUUUGCUGUACAGUGUGCAAUAAAAGCUACAAAGAUCCUGCAACAUUGCGGCAGCACGAGAAGACCCACUGGCUUACACGGCCUUUUCCCUGCAACAUCUGUGGCAAAAUGUUUACGCAGCGUGGCACCAUGACACGGCACAUGCGCAGCCACCUUGGUCUAAAACCGUUCGCCUGUGAGGAGUGCGGCAUGCGUUUCACACGCCAAUACCGACUCACGGAGCACAUGCGGGUACACUCUGGGGAAAAGCCCUAUGAAUGUCAGCUUUGUGGGGGCAAGUUCACCCAACAGCGUAACCUCAUCAGCCACCUUCGAAUGCAUACCUCCCCAUCAUAAGCCAAAGACACUUUGAUUGGAAUACCAAGCAAAAAAGCUCUCGGUACAAUGCACACUUGUAUUCUGUGUAGUAGAUGAUGGCUAUGAGUGGUUGAUCUGCUGGAAGAUAUACUGCUUGAGUGGCAGGAGUAGUAGUAGUGAAGCCCCAACAGCUAACCUUUACAAUUAUUGGUAUGAUUCUGUGGCUUUUUUUUUUUUUUUUUUUUUUUUUUUUUUGGUCCCCACCUCUCCCUUACCCCUCAAUGCUGCGACUGUAUGCUUCAGGCACUAAUGCUGUUUUAAAAUUCUUUGGGUUCUAAAGAUCACUUCAGACUAACCUAUGCAUUGGUUUCAUUAGUUGUUUCACUAGCUGUUGUCCCCAUGUAGUAUACAACUUCACUUCCUUUUGGUUUUUAAAAGCCGAAGUGGAGUUAAGAAAAAAGUCUCCAAUCUCUUAAUUGUUACAUUUAUUUUUUCAGUUCAAACGAAGAUUGAAAUAUAUAAUCAAGAGCCUUUUAGAUUUGUUUAUGGCGUUCUAUAAAAGCUUUGUUCCAUAUGCCCAUUGCCUAUUUGUAGCCCUUGACGGGGAAAGGGUCCAAAAAAGCUUUUAUACCAUAUCACAAAUUCUCAAUUGAAUUCAGCUUGGAUAAUAAUUGCUACAUAAAACAAACAAGCAUGCUGGAGCCUUUUUGCUUGCCCUGAUGGUGGUCCAUUAGAUGGUUAACAUUUACAGGUGUGACACAAAAAAAAAAAUAUGUGACCAGAAAAAUGGGGAUAGUUGGAUGUGCCCUUGGUAAGCUCUUUCUGCGCCUGGGUGCAAGCAAAUAAGGACAUAGAAAAGAGUGGUUUCUUUAUGUUCUUUUAAGCUCUGAUGUUUACUCAUAUAAAUAUAUAGGGGUUUACUCUUGGGACAAAAAGCCAAAAGUAAUGGUACUUGUUUUAGAUAACUUAUUGUUAUGCUUCAGUGAAUGUUUAAACUGGAAGUUCUUUUAAUAUUUGUUUGGGAUGGGGUGACAGGUGAUGGUUAGGAUUUGUUUUAUUGAAUUUUUGAAUGCUCAUUCUGUCGGUACUGUUAUUCAGUUUUGUUUCAUUAAGGUUUUUUUAUUCACUAAACACCCAAUUUUUAGUCUUGUCACAUUUGCUACCUCUUAAUUAAAAAAAAAAAAAACAGUACGUUCAUUGAUGGAAAAAAGAGGGGCGUAGAUGAAUUCUGUGCCCAAAAGGUUGUAAAAAAAAAGUGAUGAGGUUUUCAGAAUGGUCCUAACCUGCCUAUCUCUCAAAAAGAUUGUUGAUUGUUUUUUUAUUUUUACAUUUUUUUGUUAAACAUAUUUAACAUAGUUAGAACUAGAACAUAGCUUGUUGGAUGCAUGUAUUUAAGUUUUAUGUUAAAGAAAUCCAAAGAGAAAACUAGUACUGAGGAAUAUAAUGGCUUAUGAACAAACUUUUUCUGUAGAAUGUCACUACCAAAGUUUUUAGAUUAAAUGCAGAAAAUAACAUUUCAGGAGAAAGAUAUUCUAAAGAAUUUUCUUUUUUUUUUUUUUACUUUCAGUUUUUAGUAAAGAUGAAUGAUGUGGGAAUGUUAGUUGAUACUAGACAUUGUACUAAAAACCAAUGAACAACUUUUGUAAAACUUCUGCUGAUUGGUGGGCUGGCAGUUUUUCAAGUUUACAUUAGUUUCUUAAAGUUGGUCCAUCAUUACUUUUGUCUUCAGAUAAACAUUAUUGAAGGACUUCAGAAGGACUAACUUAUUUUAGUUCAGACCAAAAAAGAAGAAAAAAGUAAGACAAAACGAGUUGUGAUGUUUGUGACCACCAUUCAAUGAGGAAUCAAAACACUGGAUUGUCUCUACAGUAAACAGAAGUGUUCUUGGGCUUUUUCCUAAAUGGCAGGAACUGAUGUCAUUUAGUCAGUUGAUACAUAUUGUAUAAAUACUUUGCAUUGUUCAGAGAAUGACUAGUUUGUCCAAAACCCUAUUUGUUGUCUUUGGUUGCUGACUUGGGUGACAUGGUUACGUUAUCAGUUCAAACACUGGUAGGACUAUUCUUAUAUUUUACCUGCUGAAUAUUUAAUGCCCUCUAUUUGCAGAUUUAUUUUAUUUUAUUUACAGCCAGGUCCGGUGUAUCACAUUCCACAUGUAACAUUCUCCCUGAAAAUUUUAAUAGCAUUCCUUUUUUUUUUUUUUUUUAGUUCUGGUUCUGAUUCUAUAGCCCUUUCUCACUGCAAUUUUUUUAGCAUUCCUUUUUUAGGGUUUCGUUUUAGUUCUGGUUCUGAAUCCAUAGCCCAGUGCGCAAGUGCUAACUAAUGAUUAUGAGGUGCAGCUGUUGUCAUACUCUAGAAUAAUGUACACUGACUUCCUUUUUCCUGGAAUUUUGUCUGAAUCAAGCUUUCCAGAGUUAAUCAAAACAAAGGACUUGCAUUGUAGACACAUCCAGUUUUUAUUUUUUUUGUUGUUGGACUAAGCAGUUAGAGAGAAUGGGCAGUAUCAAAUUCUCAAGGCCAUUUGUUAGUCUGUAGCCCUGUCCCAUUUGCUCACUUAUUGCAUCGUAUUAGAUACACUUGGUCCAAAACAUACAUUAUUUUAAUGGUUUAUUUUCAAGGGUAAAGUUGCUUUUUGUUAAGGAAAAAUAUUGUUGUAUUGAUCAGGCAGCUCAUGUUUGGAGAACACUCUGGUGAAGUACUUGUCUCAGCUCAGGGAGACUGUGUGUCCUCCUUGUCAUUUCCAUAUACCAUACAGGAUUCCAGGAAAAAAGGCUGCCAUUUGAGCUCUUGUGUACAUAUCAGCACUUAACCAGUACAUCAGUAUCAUAGAAAAGUUGUGUUGCAUGCAAGUAUUCAGAACUGUAGCCGAAAGCGCAAAAAGGACAGCAAAGUUUCAAACUGUGACAAUAAUUGUUUCUACUUACAGACUUCAGGGAUAGUUCUACAUAUUUUUUUUUUUUUUUUUUGGAAAUGUGGAACUUUCGACUACAUUUGUAAGACUGUGUCAAUAUUGUCAAUUUCUGUAUUUUAAUGAUAAAAAAAAACACUAGUUUCCUACAAAAUAGAUUUUGAGUGUUCCCAUUUCAAAUGACUCUUUCACAAAAAAAGAAAAAAUGGACAAAAGAAGGAAAAAAAAGAGAUGUACAUGAAAGUUUUAGUUUUAAGUUUCAGAGUGUUUUAGAACUAAAAAAAAAAAAAAAUAUUAAAAGCAUAGUGUAUAAACAUAUAAGAAAGCUCAUACCCAAAAUUCCAGAUUUUUUUUUUCUAAACCAAAGCACAUACCGAAUGAUUGACAGUUUGUCUAAUGUAAUGAUUCUUGUGUAUAUCUCACUGUUUACAUAAACACAUACAGUCACUGACCUCAGGAGAGGAGAGGCCAGUUUUAGAAUGCUUCACUGUAAAGGUGUAUUUCACUAAUUUUUUUGUUUUGUUUUCCUUUUAGUUUAAAUGUCUACAUAUUCCUUUUGCCCUAUUAUGACCUGGAUAAAAUCUACUAUGGUAAAAGUGGUUUGCGUUCCGUUUAAUGUAUUGUCACAUGUUUUUUUUUAUUUUGCUACUUUAAAAUGUCUACAUGAGUAUGAAUAGAAGCUACACAAAUAUGAGUUACCUCAGACCAUAUAAGGUUUUGUUCUAGUUUCAUCUGCUGUUUAUUUUCUAAUGGGUACUCUUUUCACUGAGCCAUUUGCUGAAUGAACCAUAGAAGAAGCAGCUUUUAUCUGACUGGCCUCUCCUCUGAAUCACAUUGGUGCAAACACCUAUUGACAGUGUUCAAUAUAUAUAUUUUUUUUCUUUAAUUAAAAGUCUAUUGUCAUUGAUGAAUGUAUUUAUUUUUGAUCCUGUCUUUACUUUUGUUAAAGAUUUCACUUUGUGUGAGAUGAGGCGUCGUCAGGGUCUUAAUUUUAUUGCAUAAAAUUAUGAAAAAAAUGAUCCCAGAUGGACAUACGCAUGAGGAAUGUAUGUGGUCCCAUGAAGUGUUCCUGUUCUAAGUUGGCUUGGAUCCAUCCUGAUCCUACUGUCACCCAAAGCAUGCAUGUUCUCAUUCUCUCUCACUCUCUCUCUCUCUCUAUCUCUCUCUCUCUCUCUCUCUCUCUCCCCCUUUCUUUGUUCCCCUGUACUAAAGACUUGAAGGCUGUUUUUUUUUUUUUUGUUUGUUUGUUUGUUUAUCUUCCCUGUUUGCUGUCUGUUGAUUUAACAUGGGAUGACUUCUAUUAAUUGUGUAACAAGCACUCUUGUUGUGUUUGUGUUCUUUAUUGAAAUCAGUGGUGUUGUCACGCUAUGAUGGUUCAAGGCGCCAAGUGGAUUCCAUUUCCUUUAUUUCUUUGGAGGUUGUCAAGGGAGUGUCCUAUUUACAUAUGACCAACAAAGCCAAAGCUUUUUGUAAGAAUAAACUCUCCUUUGCUCACCUUCGCCUUCCUGAGUCUGUCAAAACAAGCGAGCGCGAAGCAGAUGUGUUGUGUGGUUUGAGAUGGAAUAUAAGCUUUAUAAAAUGCACUUUGCGAUUUGACAGCAAGGUCCCUUAGGAAAGACCUUUUUUAAAAAAAAUAAUAAUAAAAGAAACUGAGCUAGAGAACUCGUUCCGUUAUGUUUAACUCGUUCAGUUAAUUUUGACUUGUUCAAUAUUUUGAGAAUGAAGAAUAUUGAUGUUUGAUUUGCUGCUAUGAUUUGUAGCCUGUUGCAGCAGCGCUACAUAUUUCCUGUGUAGUAUUGUGAAGUCUCGCACUGCUAAAUGUUGACCAACCACUUGGACCUCGAUUUACCAAACAAACCCCUAAGUAAACCAAAGCCAGCUUUACAAGCCUCUGCAUUUUCCACAAACUUUUAUUUGCUUGAGACCAUGUUGCACCUAAUACUGUGUUCUUGUUGCUUAUAUGGCCAUUCAGUAUCAGCCUUGUUUCUCUGACACCUAGUCUUUGUCCAUUUUAAGUAUAAUAGAUGCCUUUUUGCCUUUUGGCCAUCAUUUAAAAAAUGUUUAUCUGUUGUAAGGAUUUAUUUCUCAGAAGGGUAAAUUUUUCAGUUGUAAAUACUAGUUCAAUUACUGACUUUUUAACAGUUUUUAGCCUUGAACACGGCUUGUGGACAACACCACGGUUUCAUGUUUCAGUUCCUCAGAGAUCUUGUAUUCAGGGUCGAGCUACAUGAAGCUUGCAGCUCGAAUUGUGUUAUGCGAACACAAUACGAUGUACAGGGGUGAUCUCAUCUCCUUACAGUCUUAAUGUACAGCUACGAGAAGUCAUUUUAGAAUCAUUAAAACCUUGAUCAAAAUA